AUGGCUACAAAAUCAAUGCCUUCUCGCACCUCACGCCCAUCCUCAACCCCGAAGUCGAAGCCGAGACCGAAGCAAACCCGGCUCGAUUUCAGCAAGAGUACCGGAAAGACGUCGACUAGACCGAAAGCCCAGCCGAAUGCGAGCAUUCUCACCUUCUUCAAAAAGACAGAUGCUCCACAGCAUAUGGAGCCUGGCUUGUUCCUUGAGACCAGAGGCAAGAGUGGUAGCAUGAACAAAGAGCAGGAUUGGGACCAUGUCGUGGGAUGGGAUGACCACGAAUCUUCCAGUAAAGAUAUAACGGAAGCUUCGCGGUUCAAUGAAGACGGUGGCAGCAUGAAGAAAAGGAGGGUUAGUCUGGAUGAAGAUGAGAGAAGAGGCUCGCGGUCAUUGCCGCCUUCGAGCCACGGCGGACCGUCUUCUACAACUAAGCGUCCUUCUGGGCCGUUCCUGGAAGAGUCCGAUAGCGAGGAAGAGGAAAACACCACGCUCCGAAAAUCACCUCCGCAGUUGCAAGCUCACCAAGUUGAAGAGAAGGAAGACAUCCCUCCAGUGGAUGCGGCUACUACUCAGCCCGCCAAUGAAGAGGUUGGUGAAGAAUCUGAUCAUGACCAUCCCGGAGUCCCGCCACUAAAACGAGAACCUACCAGCUUUUUCGGAAACGAGGGGUUUGACGAGUUCGAGGAACUUGGCAACUUUGACGAGUUUGAAGAUGAGGAGGACUUCGGGGAUGAGGAGAGACGAUGGAUGCAAGAGCAGCGAAAGCUUGGUCUGGAGGACGCCGACCUGGAACCUGAUUCUGGUGACUCGAAACCGGAUUUUACAGACGGCGCGGAGCUGGAUGAAACGAACGACACGACGCUCAUCUCGGACGCCCCGACCUGCCCGAUUUGCAGCCUGAGUCUUGAAGGAGCCUCAGACCAAGACGCUUCAAUACACGUGAACAAUUGUCUAGACGGCAAUCCGACUGCGCUCCCAUCGACCAAAGAAUCAGCAGACGGCAGACCCCCUCCCGCCGUUCAUGGCGCACAACGGUUUCAGCGCCCGGCGAAACCAGCAAAGCCUGGCCAAGCAACGCCGUUUUCGCUGGGAGCAGCCGAGGGAGGCUCGACGUCUGCCUUUGCCAAGCUCAUGUCCGGCCAUGCGGAGGAUUCUGCCUGGGCGACCGCUGCUGCAGCGGAGAACGCCUCUCGUGGCAAGCCAUCCUACCAGCGUACCUGUCCCUUCUAUAAAAUCCUUCCGGGCUUCUCCAUCUGUGUCGACGCAUUCCGUUAUGGCGCCGUGCAAGGUUGCGAAGCCUACUUCCUUAGUCACUUUCAUAGCGACCAUUACAUCGGCCUCACUGCGAACUGGCGCCAUGGCCCAAUCUACUGCAGCCGUGUCACGGCCAACCUCGUCCGUCAACAGUUGCGCGUAGAUCCAAAGUUCGUCGUUGGUCUCGAGUGGGAGAAGCCGACGGAGGUUCCACAAACAGGUGUGACGGUGACCAUGAUACCAGCAAACCACUGUCCUGGGAGCUCACUCUUCCUGUUCGAGAAACCCAUCGGCAAGGGCCAGAACCCAAGAAUGCAACGUGUGCUUCACUGUGGUGAUUUCAGAGCAUGUCGAGCGCACAUCGAGCACCCGCUCCUUCGACCUGAUGUGUUGGAUGCUGUCUCUGGCAAGACGAGACAACAGAAGCUCGACGUGUGCUAUCUAGACACGACCUACCUCAACCCAAAGUACGCAUUUCCCAGCCAAGGAGAAGUCAUCAAAGCAUGCGCCGAUAUGUGCGUGAGCCUCAACAGGGUCCGAGCGGAUGAUACGGACGGCUGGGAGCAGAUGAAGCGAGAGCGAGCCGGAAAAGGGAUGGCAAACUUUGUCCGCAAGAACUCGGACCUCGUCAACGAGGAAGACAAUGACGAAGACGUCGAUGCCAUGAAGCUUUCGAAGGGAACGAAGAAUCGUGGGAGGCUCCUGGUGGUGGUCGGGACGUACAGCAUCGGCAAGGAGCGCAUGUGUCUGGGCAUCGCAAAGGCCAUGGACAGCAAAAUCUUCGCGCCACCAGGGAAGAUGCGCAUCUGCAGAGCGCUCGAAGACGCGGAGCUGGAUGCGCGCCUGACGACAGACCCCCGCGCGGCCCAGGUGCACAUGACGCCGCUCUUCGAGAUCCGGGCCGAGACUCUCGACGACUACCUCAAGGACUACCGCGACACGUUCGCGCGUGCCGUCGGCUUCCGCCCCACCGGCUGGAACUACAGGCCGCCGAACUCGCGCUUCACGGAAUCGCCCCUCGUGCAGACGGUGCUGCACUCGGGCAAUUGGAAGAGUGGGUUCAGCAUGCGCGAUCUCGUCCCCCAGCGCGGCAGCACGGGGCGCGCCAGCAGCUUCGGCGUGCCUUAUAGCGAGCAUAGCAGUUUCAGGGAGUUGACCAUGUUUUGCUGCGCGCUGAGGAUCGAUAAAAUCAUCCCGACGGUCAAUGUGGGCAGCGCGAAGAGCAGGGAGCGGAUGAAGGGGUGGUGCGAGAAGUGGGCACAGGAGCGGAGGAAGAACGGACUAUUCAAGCCGGAGCAGGGGGAGUGCUGGUAA